AUGCCGCAUAAUGAAAGUAUAUCCAAUUUCAAAGACCUCAGUAAUUUUGAGUUUGGUGAAUCAACACAUAGUCUUGAGUCUGAUGAGCCGAUAUAUGAUCUUGAAUUUAAUAGACCAAUUUGGGAAGAAGCAUCUGACACAUUAAAACUAUAUUCUCAAUAUGAAGGGUUUAAGCUAAGGAAAGGACGUGUUGAAAAGACUUCUAAUGGAACUAUACGAAAAAGAACAAUGUUGUGUGAACACAGCGGCAAAUAUAAAUCUAAAAACAUACAAUUAACUAAAGAAACAAGCACAAAAUAUAUCAAAUGUCUGUGGCAUGUAAAUUUGUCACAACCGCAGAAGAAUAAUCCUAAUGGAAAUGUUUAUAUUACUACUUUAGACAAUAGCUAUAAUUAUGACUUGUCUCCUUAUAGAACAAAAUUUUUAAUGAUAGAUAUGUUAAAUGAUACUGCAUCAUUGUACGAAGAAUUAGUAAGAAGAAAAAAUGAAGAUCCUCGAUG